AUUACCUAUAAUUGCCAAAUAACUACACCACUCCAAAACACAAAUAUUUUUUUAUCUCAUCGUUCCGAUAGUGCAGAUACCAUUACUAGCCGUGAUUUGCAAAACCAUUCAUCAUAAUUCAUCAAAAUGGUGCGGGCACAAGUAUUCACGGUUGCCAAAAUUUUUGACGGGGAGAUCAAAGACACCGAUUUGAGUCUCCAGUUCGAGGAAUUAGCACCCUUGGAGGAUGGCGAGUACUUGGUCGAGUGUCACUACCUCAGCGUGGACCCUUUCAUGCGGGCGUACGCCGGCAGCUACACCAUAGGUCAAGUCAUGAUCGGAAUUCAAGUAGCCAAAAUCAUCGAAUCGAAAAACUCUAUUUUCCCGGUAGGUGAAACGAUCGUCGGAAAUCUGGGCUGGCGUACCCAUUCUAUCGUCAAACCGACGGACGAUUGUGACAUCUAUAUUUUGCCCGACAUCGGUACUUUACCCCUUUCGGCAGCUCUAGGUGUGAUUGGAGCUACUGGCAUUUCCGCCUACUUUGGGUUUCUAGAUAUUUGCAAACCCGUUGAAGGUGACACGGUAGUGGUGACCGGCGCCGCAGGCGCCGUCGGCAGCAUCGUCGGCCAAAUCGCCAAAAUCAAAGGUUGUAACGUCAUAGGAAUCACCGGAUCUGAAGACAAAGCGCACUGGCUGGAGUCCCUCGGUUUCGACUACGUCAUCAACUACAAAACCACGAAGAAUUUAGCUGAAGACUUGAAAAUCGGAGCACCCAAAGGAAUCGACUGCUAUUUCGACAACGUUGGCGGUGAUAUGAGUACUAUCAUCAUGUCGCAGAUGAAUGUGGGUGGACGCGUCUCGGUUUGUGGAUCGAUUUCGUCAUACAACGCGAGAACUCCAGCCAGAGCUUUGAUCGUCCAGCCGGUUAUCGUUGGAAAACAAUUAAGUUUGCAGGGGUUCGUCCGGCGCCAGUUCAAAGAGCGCUGGAUGGUGGCCAUCAAACAAAAUCUUCAAUGGGUGCAGGAAAAUAAAUUGAAACAUCGCGAGACCAUCACGCAUGGGUUCGAAAACACCCUGAAGGCGCUGGUUGGGGUUAUGAAAGGAGAAAACGUAGGGAAGGCGGUGGUUAGAGUGAAGGGGUCACAAAUUGAGACCGAGUCCUUAGAUUUCAAUAGCGCUCUCAGCAAAUUUAAGAAAUUCCAAGGCCAAUAAUGAAUGUACUUGAUUAAAAAUAUAAUUUGUUUUUUAAUUUGGA